ACAAAGGCUUUGUAUAAAAUUUUGUGCUUCAAAUUAAUUGUUAUUUGGAUUAAAUUGGAAUAAUUGAGAAGUGAUGAGUGAUAAUUGAUGAGAUUUGAAACUUAAUUUUGUGUGUGAAAUUAUAUGGUCAGCAUCACUGAAUCCUCAGAUUCCUUCCUUCCUUCCUUCCUUCCUUCCUUCCUUCCUUCCUUCCUCAAUCAUCGCUUCCAAUUUUCAAUCUCUGUUCAUCUUUCACAUAACCCAAUCGGAAAUUCUCCCCCUUCUCCUCUCUAAAAUCUAGGUUUUCAUUUCUUCUUUUCUCGCUCAGUCCUUGAUUUAAUCGCUUUUCGUCUCUGAAAUCGGAUAACUGAUUGUGUAUUUUCAUCAUCUAUACGCUCUCUGAGGGACCGCCGCCUUGCUUCUCCUUUGGAGAUAUCUCUGUAAAUGGCGGAUCUCAAAGAGCGGUUGCUUCCACCGAAACCUGCUUCGGCUAUUAAUCUUAGGGAGGCAAUUAACAAUCGACCAUCAGCCUCUGGCAGGGUGCCUUUUCAAGGUGUCGAUGUUCUAGGGCUGAAGAAGCGAGGUCAGGGACUUAGAUCUUGGAUCCGAGUAGAUUCCUCUGGGAAUUCCCAGAUUAUUGAGGUUGAUAAGUUCACCAUGAUGCGUCGUUGUGAUCUACCUGCACGUGAUUUGCGUUUGCUUGAUCCUUUGUUUGUUUACCCUUCAACAAUUCUUGGUAGAGAGAAGGCUAUUGUAGUCAAUCUAGAGCAGAUUCGAUGCAUUAUAACAGCUGAUGAAGUUUUGCUUUUAAAUUCCCUUGAUAGUUAUGUACUGCAGUAUGUGGUUGAGCUACAAAGACGAUUAAAAGCCACUGGGGUUGAUGAGGUCUGGCAGAAUGAUGCAAAUCACGGUGCUGACUUAAACCGAAGAAGAGGAAGUAGGAAUUUUGAUAAUGUAUUUGUAAACACCUCUCCUGAUUAUCUGCCCUUUGAGUUCAGAGCUUUAGAAGUUGCUUUGGAGGCAGCUUGUACAUUUCUUGAUUCCCAGGCUGCAGAAUUAGAAAUCGAAGCAUACCCAUUGCUAGAUGAACUCACGUCAAAAAUCAGUACAUUGAAUUUGGAGCGGGUCCGUCGCUUGAAAAGCAGACUUGUUGCCCUGACUCGUAGGGUUCAGAAGGUUAGGGAUGAAAUAGAGCAACUUAUGGACGAUGAUGGAGAUAUGGCAGAAAUGUAUCUCACCGAGAAGAAAAUGAGAAUGGAGUCAUUUGUUUAUGGUGAUCAGUCUGUGACUGGAUACAGAUCAAUUGAUGGAGCGUCAAUUUCUGCUCCUGUUUCUCCUGUAUCUUCACCACCCGAAACUCGUAGACUCGAGAAGAGCCUGAGCAUUGCCAGGAGCCGGCAUGAAAGCACGAGAAGUUCAGAAAGUACCAAUGAAAAUAUAGAGGAGCUCGAAAUGCUACUUGAAGCAUAUUUUGUUGUCAUUGAUAGCACCCUGAAUAAGUUGACAUCGUUGAAGGAGUACAUUGACGACACAGAAGAUUUCAUCAACAUCCAGUUGGAUAAUGUCCGUAAUCAGUUGAUCCAGUUUGAGCUACUGCUUACUACUGCAACAUUUGUUGUUGCCAUUUUUGGGGUGGUGGCGGGAAUUUUUGGCAUGAAUUUUGAAAUACCAAUGUUUGGGAAUCCUGAUGCAUUCAAGUGGGUCCUCCUAAUUACAGGUGUAAGUGGAAUUAUCAUAUUUUCUGCAUUUGUUUGGUUUUUCAGGUACAAAAGGCUGAUGCCACUUUAAAUUGAUGGGUGGUUGAAGGUAACAACAUGGAAUCCCAUUGAUUGUAUUCUUUCUUCUUUUUCUUCUUCUUUUGCUCCUCUUGAUUAAUUUAACAUGAAAUGUAAGUAGAUGUAGGAAAAACUUGGCUCAUCUCUAGUAAUUCAUCCAGCUUAAUUUUAAACCUUCAUUCUGUC